CAUGUUUUCUACUUUUUGGAGGAAAACUCUCAAAACCCUCUCCCCCUUUUCCUCCAUUCUCACGUGAUUCUUACUACCCCUCUCGUAUAAAGCUCUCUCCUCCCCCUCACUGAACUUCACUCAUCCGGGGGAAAAAAAAUAACAAUAAUGGCACCUCAUUCUUCAACAGCCAUCAUCAUCACCACACUCCUCACCCUCUCCUCUCUCCAAGCAAUCAGAGCUUCAAACAUGGGAUUAGAGGAAAACCCACAUGCACAAGAGGCUGACAGAGUAUUAAAUCUCCCCGGCCAGCCGAGAUACCCGCUGGUCUCGCAGUUUUCGGGCUACAUUACAGUAAACAAAGAGAGGGGGAGGGCCCUCUUCUACUGGUUCUUUGAGGCUCAAACCCUGCCUUCGAAGAGGCCUCUCCUCCUCUGGCUCAAUGGAGGUCCUGGAUGCUCAUCUAUAGGCUAUGGAGCAGCUGCGGAGCUUGGCCCUCUCAGGGUCAAGAGAUAUGGAACAGGACUUGAGUUCAAUAAAUAUGCUUGGAACAAAGAAGCAAAUUUGCUGUUUGUGGAGUCUCCAGUGGGGGUUGGAUUCUCUUAUACAAACACAUCCUCUGAUCUUAGCAGCCUUGAGGAUACAUUUGCGGCUGAGGAUGCAUACAGCUUCAUUGUGAACUGGUUGAAAAGAUUUCCUCAGUAUCAAGACCGCGAAUUUUACUUAGCAGGAGAGAGUUAUGCAGGUCAUUAUGUGCCACAAUUGGCUGACCUGGUCUACGAACGCAACAAGAACAAAGAAAAAUACCCAUUUAUCAAUUUCAAAGGAUUCAUUGUUGGAAACCCUGAAACCGAUGAUUACUACGAUACAAAGGGAUUAGUCGAAUAUGCAUGGAGCCACACUGUCAUAUCAGACCAAAUAUAUGAUCACGUCAACAAAGUUUGUAACUUCAAGCUCUUCAACUGGACAAAAGAUUGCGGCAUUGCAAUGAGUUUGGUGUUUCACGAAUACAAAAAGAUCGAUAUCUACAACAUCUACGCGCCUAAAUGCAACAAUCCUCAAAAGGCAUCAUCGAGUGUUGCAGAGAUGAAUUCAUUGAGGGAGAUGAGGGUAAGAUUUCCAGCAGGUUAUGAUCCAUGCUUCUCUAAUUAUGUGGAGGAGUAUUUCAAUAGGGAGGAUGUGAAGAGAUCAUUUCAUGCUAAUGUUACAGGAAUGACUAAUGGAAGAUGGAAAGUUUGCAAUGAUUCCAUACUGAACACAUACAACUUCAACGUGUCUUCUAUUCUUCCCAUAUAUUCAAGGCUCAUCAGAGGAGGGCUGAGGAUUUGGCUGUACAGUGGGGAUACAGAUGGCAGAGUGCCAGUGAUAGGAUCCAGGUACUGUGUGGAGUCCCUGGGCCUUCCACCAAAGACCCAGUGGAAGACUUGGUAUCAUGACAAGCAGGUUGCAGGGAGGUUUGUGGAAUACCAAGGGAUGACAAUGGUCACAUUCAGAGGAGCAGGGCAUCUUGUUCCUCUCAACAAGCCCCAAGAGGCUCUUGUGCUCAUCAACUCCUUUCUCAGGGGCCAAAGUAUGCCUUUGUAAAAAAGUUUGUUGUUAUAU